AACAAGAAUUUAGGGGGAGUGGUGGGAGAGAGAUAGGAGGCGAGAAAGCGAGGCUCCACACGGCAGAAUAUAAAUCUGUAUGUUAACAGGACUAAAGCUCGGGGGUCUGAGUCGGCUUUAGUGUUGAUGCUGCCGGGGGGUGAUCAUACAGCAUGAAGAGGGGGUCUUUCUCUGUUAACUGUGGAUCUGURAAAAUAGGGAAGUGGAACCCGCGGAAUCUGUGAACGCCGGUUGUCAAGCACAGUGGUGGGCUGGUCGGAGGUCUCUGACCCCCUCAUUUUCAUUUCUUGGCGGAGAAGCGAAGAGCUAAAGAGACACAAGAGAAAAGGAAAGGUGACAGCGAAGGACCAGUGAGCCGCUUCCCUCUUUAUUACCUUCAUUCAAAAAACCAUUGCAUCCCAUUAUCAAAGCGAUGUAGAGGCAUUCUCUCCGAUUGGAGGAGGAAGGGUCCCAUUGACUGCUGAGGCUUAGCACCUCUCUAAAAUCGCUAGCCCUUUCCAUCAACACCYCCACCCCUCCCUCACAUCACCCAUAUUCUUCUGCCUGCUGUUUUACUCUGUUCUCUCUUAUCCAAUCCCUUGUAUUCUUGUUUCUUUUCACGCGACUCGGGAAUCGGGCAUCGCGUUUUAGUUGAAGUGGGUGUUUCUGUUAUUGUGCUUGGUGCCUCUGCAAAGGACAGCUGAGCAGGGAGUUUGAAAGACAGCUUUGGAGAUAAUAAAACAGCAGACAGGAAAGAAAAGGGGAGACCUGGGGCUCCGGGAAGAACUGACAGAGAAUGGUAUGUGCACUGGGAUGAAAAGAAAACUAUUCAUUGAGAACAUUACCACUUCUGAGAGGAAAAAAAAGAAGAGGCAGUGUGACAAACAUCUCUGCUGGUUUGAUUCUGCUGUUCUUGUUGCUAAGCAAAGCCUCUAACCUGAAGUUCUUGGGGAGUAACUGAUUAUCCACAGCCAUGAAAGGAAGCUCAGAGGAAAGCAUUGAAAGUGUCAAGCCCUCCAAUCUGCAAGCUUUCGCCAACAUAUCCACCCUACAUGGCAUGAGUCACAUAUUUGCCUAUGGGCACAUGACAUUCCGGCGAUUCCUUUGGACAAUUUCAUUUCUGGGUUCCUUAGCCUUACUGCUGGUGGUCACCAUGGAUCGAGUGUCUUAUUAUCUCGAGUAUCCUCAUGUCACCAAGCUGGACGAAGUGGCUGCAACAAACCUCACCUUCCCGGCAGUCACCUUCUGUAACCUUAACGAGUUCCGUUUCUCCAAAAUCACCAAAAAUGACCUCUAUCAUGUCGGAGAACUCCUAGCCCUCCUCAACAACAACCAUCAAAUAGCCAACCCACACUUGGCCGAGCCUGAGGUUUUGGCUGCCCUAAAGGACAAGGCAAACUUUCAGAAGUUCAAGCCCGCACUUUUCAACAUGACCGAUUUCUAUAACCGGACAGGUCAUGACAUCAGUGACAUGCUUCUGCAGUGCACCUUUCGGGGAGACGACUGCGGCACGCUGAAUUUCACCACAAUUUACACACGUUAUGGGAAAUGCUACACUUUCAACUCGGGAUUAGAUGGCAACCCUUUGUUGACGACGUUAAAAGGUGGCACAGGCAACGGCUUGGAAAUCAUGUUGGACAUCCAGCAGGAUGAAUAUCUGCCGGUUUGGGGAGAAACAGAUGAGACGUCGUAUGAGGCCGGCAUAAAGGUACAGCUUCAUUCUCAGWCAGAGCCUCCUUUCCUCCAUGAGCUGGGCUUCGGGGUCGCCCCCGGUUUCCAAACAUUCGUUUCCACCCAAGAGCAGAGGCUUCAGUACCUCCCGCCGCCUUGGGGAGAUUGCAAGUCCACUCCGAUAGAGUCUGACUACUUCUCCACGUACAGCAUCACUGCGUGCCGCAUUGACUGUGAAACCCGGUACCUGCUGGAGAACUGCAACUGCAGGAUGGUUCACAUGCCGGGGACUUCAACAGUUUGCACGCCUGAGCAGUACAAAGACUGUGCCGACCCAGCUUUAGACUUUUUGGUAGAGAAAGACAACGAUUACUGUGUCUGUCAGACCCCCUGCAACAUGACUCGCUAUGGCAAGGAGCUGUCCAUGGUUAAGAUCCCCAGUAAGGCAUCUGCUAAAUAUCUGGCUAAGAAAUUCAACAAAACUGAGCAAUAUAUCGGAGAAAAUAUAUUGGUGUUGGACAUCUUCUUUGAAGCUUUGAAUUAUGAGAAAAUUGAGCAGAAGAAGGCAUAUGAAAUUGCGGGGCUUCUCGGUGACAUUGGAGGUCAGAUGGGACUGUUUAUUGGAGCCAGUGUUCUGACAAUACUGGAAAUAUUCGACUACCUAUAUGAGGUGUUUAAAGAUAAGGUCUUGGGUCAAUUGUUGCGCAAGAAACGACCGCAGCGUUGUCAAAGUGACAAUCUGGACUUUCCAGAGAACCCAACCAGCCCUGGUGUCACGCCUAAUCAUGCCCCCAGAGCACCUGUGACACCCUCCGGAGUCAUUCAGAUAGCCUCGGAUUCACGCCGAACAUCUUACCUCGUCACCCGACUUUAGGCAACUUUGAGGAGUUCGCUUGUUGACGGCAUAACGUUAGGGCGAUCCAAAGCUCACCUGGAGACUUGCCAGCAAACUGUGAAAUAUUUUGAGAAUUUACCAGGAAAAGAUCGAGCGGAGGCUCAAAAAUAGUACAACUCGACAAUGCCAGAAUAGAAAUAGAAUACAUCAUCCCACAAAAAA